AUGAAGGCGUAUUUCAACAUCAUCGUUCUCGCCGGCCUUGUCGCCGCUCAGGCCGAAGUCCGUCUCCUCGGCAGAGUCAAUCCAGAGACCAAAGAACUCACUUGGGCCGGCACCGGUGUGUCCUUCACAUUUACCGGCACCCAGGCCACGAUCGGCAUUGCUUCCACCAAGGGCAGCAGCAGCGUCGAACUAACCAUCGAUGGCGAGUCCACCGUGAUUGAGAAUGUCGAGGGAGACAUUUCCACCCCCGACGGCCUUUCCGAGGGCGAGCACCGCGUUGUCCUCCGCAAACGCUCCGGGCCGGAUUUCGGGUCCAUCGUGAUUGGCGAAGUUGAGACUGAUGGCACUCUCGUCGCCGAGGAGCCCCGCGCGCGCCAGAUCGAAGUGAUUGGUGACUCCAUUUCCGUCGGCUACGGCCUCGACGGCACGAAUCCCUGCCCUAAUACGGCCAUUGUUGAAAACAAUCCCAAGACCUACGGCGUCCUUGCUGCCGAGGCGCUCGAGGCAGACUACAGUAUCGUGGCCUGGAGCGGUCGAGGUCUGACUCGCAACUAUGCCGACCCGAGCCUCGACAACAUUGCAAUCAUGCCCGAAAUCUACAGCCGCUACGGCGCGAACGACGCCGCCGGCAGCUACACCUUCCCUGAGGAAUGGAAUCCCGACGUAGUGGUCAUCAACCUCGGCACCAAUGAUUGGAGCUACCUCGGCGCGAGGGACCCCAUCGAGCCCGCCGUCUUUACGGAGGCCAUGGUCGAGUUCGUCCAAGAACUCCAGGGCCACUACCCUGAUGCCACCUACUUCCUCCUUUCGUCGCCCAUGCUCAACGACGACUACCCAUCAUCGGAGGACGCUCAGCACUCCACACACGCCAAGGCGCUUCAAAGUGCUAUCGCGGAGAUUGGAGGCGAUAACAUCCACUUCCUGGACUGGCCUGCGCAGGGAUCGGACGUGGGAUGUGACUAUCAUCCCAACGCCGCGACAAACGCCGCCCAGGCCGUCGUUCUAGCGGAUGCUAUUGCCAAAGAGCUGGAUUGGUAA